AUGGCCCAUGGACAUGGAUGUGAACAUGGUUAUAUUAAACCUGAACUUCCAGAUUAUAAACAGUGGAAGAUAAAAGGAAAACCAUUAGAAUCUGUCCAGGAGAAGUUGGCUGCCCGAGGCCUAAGGGAUCCAUGGGGCUGCCAUGAAGCUUGGAGAUGCAUUGGUGGUUUUGCGAACAGUGUUUCCUUUGGUGCAUUAUUAAAACAAUUCAAAUAUGGAUUUGCUGCCUUUGUGGUAGCUAUAGGGGCUGAUAAACCUCAUGUUGAUGGAAAGAAUGAAGAACAUCAACAUUUUGAGAAAUCCUGGUGUCUCCAUGGGCCACGUCCCCACCAGGUGUUACCAGUAUGUAAGAACAAGUUGUAUCCAAAGUCUCCCUUCUGCAGAGGUGCCCCUGACGCCAAGAUCCACAUCUUUGACCUGGGGCAGAAGAAGGCAAAAGUGGAUGAGUUCCCACCAUGUGGCCACAUGGUGUCAGGUGAAUAUGAGCAGCCUUCCUCUGAAGCCACGGAAACUGCCCGAGUUUGUGCCAACAAGUACAUGGUGAAAAACUGUGGCAAAGAUAUUUUUCACAUCCAAGUAUGGCUCUACCCCUUCCACGGCAUCCAUAUCAACAAGAUGUUGUCCUGUGCUGGGGCUGACUGGCUCCAGACAGGUAUGCAGGGUGCCUUUGGAAAGCCCCAGGGCACAGUGGCCAUGGUCCACAUUGGCCAAGUCAUCACCUCCAUCUGUAGGAAGCUGCAGAACAAGGAGUAUGUGAUUGAGGCCCUACACAGGGCCAAGGUCAAGUUCCCUGGCCGCCAGAAGAUCCACAUUUCUAAGAAGUGGGGCUUUACUAAGUUUAAUGCGGAUGAAUUUGAAGACAUAGUGGCUGAAAAGCAGCUGAUCCCAGAUGGCUGUGGGUCAAAAACGUCCCUAAUCGUUGCCCCCGCUGGACAGAUGGUGGGCUCUGCGCUCAUGCGAACCUCGGCACUGCCUCCUCCUUAUUCACGCCAGCCAAUAAAUCCUACUUCUUGCAAAUAA